AUGGGUACAACAAGGCAGAGAAUCCCGUCUACUAUAGAUCUCUGUUUCUCUAAUAUCCCGGGCAGCACCGCUACCGUGGAGGAGCAUCUCACAACGGGUACAUUGCACCAUACGAUAAGUAUUAACAUCCCAAGCUGUGACAGGCCUCCCCCGGUGCAAGGGAGAAUACGGGUUACAAAGAGCCACGAGCUUAAGAAGUUCUCGGAACUCGUCAAGCACGCUAUGGACUCACUGAUAUAUGACACGACAACACACGCGACUAUCGAGAACCUAGCUGAGGAACUCACUCAGAUACUACAGCAAUCUGCGCGAGCCGCAGGCCGCGAGGUCAAAGGGAACAGGCCGAAAUGCAAGACCUGGUGGAAUCAGGAAUGCCAAGACGCAUGUGACCAGCUGAGGACUAUGCGUAUCAUCACCGACGAUCCUACCGGCUUAGAAGUUCAGAUCGCGCGGCGGGACCUUCACAGAGCCAUACAGAUGGCACGGAAGACAGGUAUAAAGCAGUAUAUCGAAGACAUCCAGGCCAAGACGGAUGUGUAUAAAGUAACAAGAUGGAUCCGACCGAAAAGAAGGACAGAACCCCCGCCUAUCCAGAUAAACGACGAGGUCUACGAGACCGACCUCGAGAAAGCAGAAGCCUUGCGGAAAGCUAAGCUGGAAACGAGAGACGCCUCGCACGAUAUACACGACCCGUGGGACUGCCUCGUAGAGGAAAAGGAAGAAAUCCCCUUUCAAGAAGAGAUUACUAUUAGGGAAGUCGAAGACGCUAUUCUACACACGGGCAAUACUACCCCUGGAAUAGAUGGUAUUACCACCGCGAUGUUGCGGCAUGUUUAG